GAGAGAGAGAGAGAGCGAGAAAGAAAAGGGCAGAGGGAGCGGGAGCGAGUGAAAGGGUGAGAUAAGCAGGGAGAGCAGCAUCUCUUCGGGCGCAUUCAGCUUGCUGCAGCUCAGGAGGCAGGAAGGACAGGCAGAGUAGAGGGGCGAGCACCAGCACCUCACCGCAGGGGGCGACACCACACCUCUCUCACGCAGACACACACGCUCACGCGUCACCCACGGACAUUCGUGAGGAGGCGUUGAGGCUCAGGAGGAACGCCACAUACAUGCGUGCUGUUAUGCUGGCUUAGCUGCGCUUUGGAGAGCUGUCUCUUGAAGACUGGACCAGAGCCGUGACCAUCGCUUCAUCCAUCCUCUCCUUCUGCCCUGCUUUCCAUUUGUCCAACGCAGAAGCAGCUCUCCGUCAACCAUCCUUCAGCCAUUGGGAGUGAUUGCCAUCCAUCUGCCCUCUGAUCAGUCUCUUCGCUCUGCCUUCACUUCAUUCAGCCAAGCUACCAGGAGCCACAUUUAGAGGGCAACCAGCUGACCCACUCACAAGAACCUGACCUUUCCGACGCAAUCAUGAACUUCCUCCGACGCCGCCUCUCUGACAGCAGCUUCAUGUCCAACCUGCCCAAUGGCUACAUGACAGAUCUCCAGAGGCCUGACCCACCCGCACCUCCUCCACCCAGCGCCACCUCCCCUUCCCAGCAAAGUGCGGCCCCUGCCAUGGCGCCCGCCCAGUCCCCGACCAAAGCUCCAGCACCGUCCCAGGCUCCUGCAAACGUCCCUGCGUCCCAGGAGCGCCGCUCGUCCCAGCAGGCUCAACAGCCCCAACAGGCCCAGUCCUCCUCCUCCGGAGGGUCCUCUGGUUUCUUCAGCUCCUUCAGCUCCAUAACCAACGUGGUCAAACAGACAGCCGCGUCCGCCGCCGGGUUUGUGGAGCAAUCUGCUCCAUCUCCUUCCCUCUCCAAGAAGUUCAAGAUCCUGUUGGUCAUUGAUGAGCCCCAGCAUGAGUGGGCCAAAGUGUUUCGGGGAAAGAAGGUCCUUGGAGACUAUGACAUCAAAGUGGAGCAGGCCGAGUUCUCGGAGAUCAACCUCAUCUCACAUUCAAACGGGACCUGUAGCGUGGACAUGCAGGUCGUGAGAGGGGGAACCAAAGUGGUCAGGUCUUUCAGGCCGGACUUCGUCCUGGUGCGUCAGCACGCGUUCAGCAUGGCCCAGAACGAGGACUUCAGGAACCUGAUCAUCGGCCUGCAGUAUGCCGGCAUCCCCUCCGUCAACUCUCUGGACUCCAUCUACAACCUUUCUGACAAGCCCUGGGCCUUUUCCCAGCUGAUUAACAAUCAGAAGCGACUGGGUCCAGAUAAGUUUCCUCUCAUUGACCAGACUUUCUACCCAAACUACAAAGACAUGAUAACCACCCCCAGCUUCCCAGUAGUGGUGAAGAUAGGCCACGCCCACUCUGGAAUGGGAAAGGUCAAAGUUGACAAUCUGAGUGACUUCCAGGACAUCGCCAGCGUGGUGGCCAUCACCCAGACCUACUGCACUACAGAGCCAUUUGUAGAUGCCAAAUACGACAUCAGGGUCCAGAAGAUCGGCGUGGAAUACAAAGCGUACAUGCGCACAUCCAUCUCUGGUAAUUGGAAGAGCAACACUGGAUCUGCCAUGUUGGAACAAGUAGCCAUGACUGACAAGUAUAAACUGUGGGUUGAUACCUGCUCAGAGAUCUUUGGAGGACUUGACAUCUGUGCCGUCAAAGCCAUCUGUGGCAAGGAUGGCAAUGACUACAUUACUGAGGUCGUGGGUUCGUCUAUGCAGCUGAUCGGCGAUCACCAGGCCGAGGACCGGCAGCUCAUCGCAGAGGUGGUGGUCACUAAGAUGAACCAAGCGCUGGCCGCCAGGUCGUCCGGCGCCUCGCGCUCGCCGGCCCGCUCCCCUCAAGGCCAGAAGCCGACCACUGCACAGGCCCAGCAGAGUGCUGCCGCCAAGGAAGGACUGGCUGACCCGAACAGAACCUCAGCCCAGCGCCCUCAGCCUCAAGGGGCGCCAAUAAAGUCACAGAGUGUGGACCCAUCACCAGACUCAGCAAGAGGAGCACCUGAAGUAGUAAAACCCAGCCAGGCUCAAAAACAGGGUCCAGCUGCAACUCAGAAACCAGCUCAGUCUCAGAAGCCAAGCCCAGUCCAGAAGGCCGCCUCAGUCACCAAACCUCCUGUGCCGAGGCCUCCCCCGAUGACCAGAGCCCCGUCGGUCACAAAGUCAGCGGCAGAUUCUGCUUCCGCCCCAGUCAAAGCUUCGCCAUCUUCCCCAGCCAAAGCGGCUCCAGGUUCCCCCAAGGCCCCAGCUCCAGCCCCGGCCUCACCCGCACCCGCAGCUCCUACAACAGAGCAGCCCAAGCCCCAGCCCCAGGGCUCCCCAUCUGCAGCUCCUGGCAAACCAAAAGAGCUGCCUCCAAAGCCCACACCACCUGCAAAGCCCAUCCCUCCUGUGCGCAGGAAUUCAAAACCACAGAUCCAGCCUAAGCCACAGACCCCACCUCCCCCCAGAGCUUCGCCUAAACCCCAGCCUGCUGCCCCGGCCUCAGAUACUGCCUCAACCCCUUCCCCAACACACGCUCAGUCCCCAGCCAAAGCCAGCCAGUCCCCGCCAAAUGUCCAGUCUCCAGCUAAGGCUCAGCCCCAGGCCAAAGCCGCCUCCCCUUCCUCCAACCCUGAGUCUGUGCAGGCUGAGGCAGCUGCAGCUGCCGCUGAGACCCAGCCCCCUGUGGAGGAGCAGCCAACAUCUCAGCAAAAGACCCAUCCUCUGCUGAAUAAGUCUCAGUCCCUGACCAAUGCCUUCAACGCCUUCAGCGACUCCUCUUUCUUCCGCGGUGUCUCCAGCUCUGGAGGCGACGGCCAAGACGAGGCCAAGGCCGAGACCAUUCGCAACCUCCGGAAGUCCUUCGCCAGCCUUUUCUCUGACUAAACAUCCGCAAGCAUAUUAUUGAUUCUGGCCUCCUUUUUUCCUUUUGGCCAGUGAUGACUUGAUUGACAUUAAAUGUGAACCAGUCUGAGAUUAAACUUUGUGUGUUAACUGUACUGUAUUCUCUCCAUCUUGGCCCCUCUUCUCCUCCACUUUCAGCUUCUCUGUGUGAGUAACAGUCAGGCCUGCAGUGUAGGGUGUCCAGUGGUUAGUGCUUUGCCAGAGUCACUGGAAGGAGUUACGUCAUUGAUAUAACACAGAGUGGAAUAGAAUACCAAAAUAUUUAUUUUUCCCAGAGCACAAUUAAUAAACACUUUUUAAAGUAUAUAAAAUUAUAGAAUGAAUUAUUGAUAAAAUGUACAUAGAGUAUAUAAAUAGAAACAUAUAUAAGUAUUAAAGGAGACAAGCCAGCAAUGGAAAAGCUCAAGUAGCACUUUUCAAUUAGAUUUAGUCAGCGACAUAACUCUUUCAUUCAGUGGCUGAACAUGAAUCAGAAUUUUGACAUGAUGGUUUUCUCACUACCAGGAAUGGUUUUGUGUAAAUUCAGCCGUACUGUCUGUUCUUCGGUACCGGACACAGGGGCCGCCAUUGCCGUUUCGUCUACAAGCCUUGAAGUUCGUAGUGAGGGAGUUGAAAUUCUGUGUUUGUCCAUCUGUGUUCAGUUGUUAUGCAUGACUCCUCCAAGUGGUUCUGUGUGACGUUUGGAGCAGAAGGGAGCUCUAUCAGUGUUGAGAUUUGCCCUCCAUCCCAUCCUCUCUCUCUCUCUAGAUGUUGUAGCCUUAUUGUGAACAUGUUUCCAAUUCACAGCUGUUUGCUAGCUGUGCAGACUUUCGAUUACAACUCAGAAUUCAUUCAUUUACUUGUUCGGAACACUUUGAAUUAGCUGUUGAGUGCAAGAUUCAUUGCAGCUGUGUGAAACUGCCACAGUUCAGUCGGAGUAGAUCCGUCCUGAAAAGUAACUGAAUGCAUUUCAAAUAGUAACUCAUGUCUGUCGCUGUGACUGGUGAUUUCUUGUUUCACCUCUGUGUAUCUUUCAACAGUAUUGUAAUUUGUUGAUUAUUCUCAUGAAAAGACAUUGAGACAGUAGUGCAAUAACACGUCAACAUGAUUGUUGAGCGCUGUCACCCUAUUAUAAAUAUAAAUAUGACCAUGCAUACAGGACCUGUGUAUCUUAUCCUAACAUUCCCUUUAAGAUUCCUUUUAGUGGCGACUUUCCAGGUUGCUUUGUUCUGCAGUCAAAAGCUGGUUUUCAGAUGAAAAUUUCGUAUUAAAGUGUUGGUUUUUGUGAUUAAUCCUGUUUAUGUUGUGGGACUGAAUUGAAGGUAACCUGGAAUGAACCCAGUACCUUAACUGGCCAUUUUCAGUUGAGUUGUUAAGUUUAUAAAUGCAAAACAAAAAAAUCUCCAACACCUAGAACUGCAUAUCAACCUGUCUGCUUAGCCCUCAUGAGUACUAUGUUGCAAGUAAAUUAUGACAUAUUGUAUUUGUAUGUAUGUAUGUGUCAUCUCAGGAGUUUAUUUUUUGUAAUAUAUUAUCUGAUUUAUUUAUUUUUUGAUGCUCUAUAUUUAUGGUACAGUAUGUUUUGUAUUGUGUUUUCAUUUAGUACGCAGUACUGCUUUGCAUGACCUGGUGACUUUUCUUUCUGUACAGAUAAAGUUAAUAAACAUGUGGCUCCAUCA